CCAUAUCCUUGAUUUGACUCUGUGCGUGUGAUUUGUCAAAGCUUUUCUCAUGACAGCAAUAAGAGGGCUGCGUUUUUAUAGUUUCGAGCAAUUCCUUCCAAAAACUUCGAAAUCGCUAUGAAAAUCUUGUAAAAAAAACAUUUUCCAAACAUACAAAGUUGCUUCUGCAAUCUUGCCAAUGUGCAGUUUUGUGUUUGCCUAUUCUUCUCAGCUCGGUGUGUGUGCUAACAUCCAGCUCUGUUGCAAAUCACUCUUUCCUCUGGGUAUCUCUUGGGAUCCUUGGGUACAAAAAAUAAUGUUUGCUGCAAAACAAUAAUUAACACGUUCAGCAGCACUUCUUCAGAUCUUCGUCGUACUUCCAAGAAAAGUAUACCAGCGUUUGAGUGGGGCCAGAUGAAUUGACAUUCAAUCGUCGACCUGUUCCGGGAACGGAGAGCAAUCGAUUAACCCGUAUAUGGUGUAGCGCCGCAUAUCAUCUCUUUGUGUCAUCAGUUCUUAAUUAACUUCAAGUUUGACCCACAACAUCUGACUACUGAAUCUUGCGUAAUGAUAACAAAAAAUUGACGAACGGACAUAGACAACACACUAGUGGCGAUUAGUUGUACAUUUUGGAUCGCGCAGAAACAUUGUUAGCAGCCCCGAUUGAUCUCAGUCGAACAAACUACAACAACAGUGUGAGUCUCGUCGCGGGAUGCAUUAUUUUGGAGCAACUCUUUCAUUGCCUGUACUGGCAUUAUCACUUUCAAGGCAUGAGUCAUCAUCUGUUAUCAGAAAGCCUGUGUCGUUUGAAAGGCCCACGGUUUGUCCAGUGUUCAACCAGCAACCGCUAGUUCAGUAAUCAAGCGAGCGGAGCGAGUUAAUCAUACUAGCAACAAACUGUUAUCUGUUCCAAAGCUGAGAAUAAGUAAAGAUUAAAGGUGGUUACCUUCUGUUACGUGAUAAGUCCCGAACGAAGUGUCCCGAAAAACUGUGAAUGCAACCGACCUGUUAUGCGAGAACUUGAUACAAUCUAGAACAGCGAACAGUUAGACACAUUUUUUUGAAACAAUUAUACAGUAUCUGUGCUACUGCUUGUGCAUCUAAGCGGAGCCGUGCGUGUGUGUUUGUGUAAUAAGGACACAUUAGUGCAAAGAAGAACGUAUAACAGUCCAAUCAUGAAACAAUGUCGCCAACGAUGAUAACCAUCAUACACUGCUUGGCUAUCGGUAUACUGAUAUUUUGGUGCGGAAAAUGGAUCAUUCAUCUGACUGCCAUCACGUAUGGGAAGAUAAAACUACAUAAAAAAGCAUCCCAACAGCCGCGAGAAACUCCGUAUCCCUCGGUGUCGAUUCUGAAGCCGCUAAUGGGAGUCGAUCCAAAUUUACAGAACAAUUUGGAAACCUUUUUCCUCAUGGACUAUCCGGUCUACGAGCUGCUUUUUUGCAUCGAAUCCCCGGAUGACCCAGCGGUUGAAGUUGUCAAACGAUUAUGUGAUAAAUAUCCCAGCAUCGAAGCUAAGCUUCUUGUCGGCGGCUCGAACGUGGGAGUAAACCCAAAGAUAAAUAAUCUCUAUCCGGGCUAUAUGCAGGCUCAAUAUGAGCUAAUAAUGAUUUCCGAUGCAGGUAUCCGGAUGAAGAGUGACACAUUGACCGACAUGGUGAACCAUAUGACGGAAAAGGUUGGAUUAGUGCAUCAGAUGCCGUUCGUAUGCGACCGAGAGGGGUUUGCAGCAGCGUUUGAGAAAAUAUACUUCGGCACAGUGCAGUCCCGGAUCUACUUGUGUGCAGAUCUCCUCGGUAUUAACUGUCAUACGGGAAUGUCCUGUUUGAUGCGCAAAGACGUGCUAGAUCAACUGGGAGGUGUCCAGGCGUUUGGUUGCUAUCUGGCCGAAGAUUUCUUUCUGGCCAAGGCAUUCCACGAUCAUAAUUGGAAGUUGACGAUCAGCAGCCAGCCUGCAUGGCAGAACUCUGGCAUUUGUGAUAUUAGCAGCUUUCAGGCGCGCCUUACACGAUGGGCAAAGCUGAGAGUGGCCAUGGUGCCAACGACCAUCCUCCUCGAGCCUAUGUCAGAGUGCAUCAUCGUCGGUAUGUUUGCUUGCGGCGCCGCGAAAGUACUCUUCCGAUGGAAUCCAUUGGUGUUUUUCCUCAUUCAUACACUAGUGUGGUUUCUGUCUGACUGGGUAUUGCUGUCGAUCAUCCAGAAUGGGGCGUUACCAUUUAAUAAGUUUACCUUUUUCGUCGGAUGGGCUUUUCGCGAGAUCAGCGGACCCUACCUAUUCUUUAAUGCUUUAUGGAAUCCAGCUAUCAGAUGGCGAACUCGUGUGUAUAAGCUUGCUUGGGGGGGCGUUGCGUACGAACUUACAUCUCAAAUUAAGUCAUAAUUUGGGCUUACGUUGUUUUAUUUUCUAUGCUUAUGUCUCUACUAUUCGAACAAAUUGCGUUCAUAAGGAAAAACUUCAUGAGUGAGCCAUUUUUUUAAGCAAGCGCACAUUUGUACGAAUAAUAUAAAUACCCCACCCGAGAGAGCAUUGUAUGGAAUAGGUUUAUACAUGAACGGUGUCAGAUUUUUGUUCAGUUUGUUUUUUCGUACACGAUUGUUUUCCUCGUCUUAAUGUCACUAGUAAAUGUAUGCAAACGAAAACAAAUAUUCGGUUUAUAAAUCACUCGUUAUUUCACUAGAAGUAUCGUAAAAACCAUCGUCGUUUAAUAUAAUAUAUUCAGUACAUUUGUCAUUUUUGCAUACGGUAUAAAUGUUAAUUUGCGAUGUUGAUGAAACAUCUCGAUCAAAGGAUCACCGUGGAUAAGUUUUGGUUAAACGAGUUUAUGUUUUUGUGUUUACUUUACCACUGUUUGAUGUAUAUACUAUUUAUAAAUCUUAUGAAAACUAAGUUAGAACCCACUUUGGAACAAAUAAAACAAUUAGCUGAACGUAACAAAGUAAUGAAUGUCUUGCUAUACGAUGUAUAAAAUGCUAGAGAAAGAAAAUUUUCUGACAUGAAUGUAUCUCUCUAACAUAUGUACAAUGCUAACCAUCAUCCCCGUUAAUGUUGUUUGAUAAAUGCUUUAAAUUUGCGGAUUUGUAUUAUUCACCAAACUACCGGUUCUAAUCAUAUGAGUUUUUUGUCUGUUGGCUAUUGUAGAUAAGAAACCUGGGAUUAACGAAAUGUUCGUACUGAUAGCGAUGCGCGUUCAAGUGAAGGCUUACAAAAAGCAAGUGUGAUACGAUUUAAAUAUUAACCGAUGAAAUCACAUUUCUUUACCAAAGUUUGUAACCAACCAAACGACUGUUUCUUAUCAAUAAGAGGUUGAACAUGUGUAGCAAGAUUCUUCGGUAACCUAUCUUAUGAAUUACAAACUGUGGACGUAAAUAGUAAGGAAAAUAAUAUCUUAAUAGCAAGCCACAUACCAAAUCAUGUGAAAAGUAUUAGAAUACUUGUUCUUAAUUUUUUUUUGUUAAUUAUACUGGCGACAGUUCUGCUGAUUCGAGUUUAACGAACUUAAAGCUAUAUUAUUAGAUUGCUACAAGGAAGCAUGUUCUAUUAACCUAGCUUUUGUUUCUAUUUGGCGUAACGAUCUACGCGGUCAUGCCGACCUAUAAAGGCUUUCAAGACUUAUUAGUACCACGCAGCCGGAUAGUCACAGUCCUUGCUACGGGGGCGAUGGUCCAUAUGAGGUUUGAGGCCAUCACGAGCAUGCUGUUAAGUUGUGCGAGUUGACACUGUCUACCCUAAGAUAACUUGGAGCUUGAGGCAUUAAAGUUACUUGAUAGGCGUUUUUAUAGAAUAGUUGGUUGAGCUUGAUGGUAGGUUCAACCCGUAUGAGAUUACCUGCAGACGUUGAACUAAGAAUAAACAUGUGUCAGAAUGAAAGGAAAUUAAACCGAAAGUGCGAAAAAAACCUCAUUACACGAUGCUAUUAGGUCGUACCAUUGAAAUAAAGAAUAAGAACAAAAAUGAACCUAUAUUUGUUAAAGCAUGAGACUACAUUUUUAAAAGUAAUGUGACAAUUUUAGUCAUUUAAAUAUUAAAAUACGUUUCCAAAAAAAAAUCUUCUUUCACGUUCCACAGUCUGUAUAUCAAAUUUAUGUAGAGGCUAUUAUUGCGUAAAAAUGUAAUUAAAAGUUUGCAAAUAAUAUUCUUAUGUUUAAAGGGAGACUUACGUACCAUACUACAUUAGCGAGUAUUUUUUAACAGACGAGUAUAUUGCAUUUUGUUGUGCGGCAAACGAGAUAGGCAAAUUGUUGUUUAUUUUUUUAACUGUAAUUUGCGGAAAUGACCAUCUUUUUUAACUAACACAAGGAACAUUUAUACGGCAUGCUUCUAGUAUUGAACUUAUCAUGCUAAACGAAUUUUAACGGACAGUUGUUGGAUAAUCCGUGGUGUUCAAUUAUUCGUAAAUUUCCUAGAAUGAAAAACCCCGGAUUAACGAAGACAAGUUUUUUCUCUGCUGAAGCAACAACACUCGGAAUUGGUGAGAGCAGAGCACACGAGUGUUGGAAGGAUCACAGGACUAUAGGCCAACAUCAAUAGCUGCAACAACAACGUCUAAUAUGUCCAUAUUAGAAGAGUAGCACUAAUUGCAAAUUGUUUCAAAUACGUGCGUAUUGAGGAAAAGUGCAUAGUUGGUGAAUGUCUAGAGGAAGUGAAAUAGUUGUAAUGGUUCACUUUGUUGGUAAGGCAUAACAUGGAAUAAUCUCUGUCUGUUAGUUCGUGGUUCGUAGACAAAAGAAAGAAAGUAUUGUGAUGUUACUAUGUGUACAAAAGCAAGUCCAUAAUAUAAUACCAAGCGAUACCAGCUACCAAAGGAAUAUCUGUUUGAACCAUUUUGUUAUCACUGAGAUUAGAGUAAGCUGCGCAGCAAGUGAAAUCAUAUUCGUAGCCAGUCUGGAGUUGUUGCGUUUAUUGCAAUUUUUGCUACUUCUACAGCAUCAAAGCGGGUUUGCUGAGUAUGGAAGUGUCUGUGCGAGGAUUCCGAGUUGCAAAGGAGGAGAGACCUGCGUGAAGACGGGUUGGCGUUUAUUUAUAGAACUGCCUUGCUCACUCGCAUGUUGCGUACGUGUGUUGGAACAUUCAUAAAUUUAUGCUUAUGUGCGCGGGCACCACGAGUCAACAUGCUAUCUACACCAUCUGUGCAUGACUUUGAUGUAACAAGAAUAGAGUAAGCAGCUCGUCGAUUGAGAUUGUAAUCCACUGUGUAUAGCAUUUUUUGAGUGACACAUAACAUCAUACAUGAACAUAUUAAUCUAUUGGAAAUGUUUUACAGACCCAGUACAUAUUUUUAUGUGUCCAAAAUGAGUCAAACAGCAGAUGUUUGAUCAAAUCAAUUUUAAUAUCGUUUAUCUUAUAUCAAAUUUUCUAACACAUGUGUAUAGGAGUCAAAUUAUCGCAACGGUUGCUAGAAAAUUGAACAAAGAACGCCAUGCAAGGCGUCUCCAUCAGCAGGAUGUUGGAAAUGCACCAUUAAUCGAAGCUGCUGGCAAUGCAUUACUCAAUUUCGAGCGUGCGUAUGUGAACGUAGUAUGUGUCUGUGUAUAUACAUGUGUGUGAAGGUGUUUGUUUUUGCCACAAGAGAAAAGAAACAUGCGAGAAUGCAACCAUUCGAGCGAUAAGCUUUUGUUGUUAGAAUAUGGUGGAAAAAGUGAUUGCAUCGGCGGUGCAGUGAAGAUUAUGAAGUAGAGCAAAAUACUAACAGAAGAUUACAAUGAGCACCAGGUUUCGGCUGAAAAAGUGCAAUAAUAAUAGUUCCCUAUCUAGUCAUAGAUGUGUGAGCAGGCUGCUAAAAAAGUGAAGGUCGCUAAACAAAUUGCAAAGCUAAAGUAAGCUGCAACGUUUGAGCUGUGGAGUGAAGUGGAAAGUGAAUAAAAAGGUCUACCUUACAAUUAGCAAGAAAGUUAAAUGAUGAAAAAUCGACCAGGAAGUUAUGAAGUGAAAAGUAUAUAUUUGUAUUGCAUCUGUGUGGCACGGCAAGAAAGUUUUCUCAUUUUGUAAUAAGUGCCCGUAAAACACAUAGAAGUGUGCCACGUUAGUUCCAUUCGUGUGCAUUAGUAGUGCUAGGGGAAACUGUAGUUCACAUUAUAUCAUAUGUUCUACAUUUCCUUUCAAUAAAAGUGUAAAAGUGGAUAGAAUAAUUGGUUUGCCAAUAGCGUGCUAAUGAUUAUCAGCUAAAUUGCGACGAAUAUUUUUCUUGGUCGCAAUUGCGUUACUCUAAAAACUUGGAGAUGUACGCCAGUGAAAGCAUAACCGAUGGAUUACAACAGUGUUGACUAGUAUUCUUUGAUUUAACGGUGUGGAGCACGUUGAUCAGUGCAGAGUGAGGCAUUGUGCAAUAUUUAUGUACAGUGGCCACCAGGACGGUUUCCGCGGUGGAGGUGGUGUAAAACAACGGCCAUUUCGAGAACCAUACCGAACCGUAAGCGACGCAAAGAAAACGCUCGGUUUGAUGUGCACAGAAUGCCCAACACAAACGAAAGCUCGCAUUCCGGCACGACUACGACGGUGGCGGCGGCAGCUGCAGCAGCAAAUGCUGGGGAUGACCUCGGUAGCACAGACGAGGUGAAAGUAUUCAAGGACGAAGGUGAUCGAGAGGAUGAAAAGGCUUCGUCGGAAAAUUUACUCGAGGAAAAAUUUAAUCUGAUCGAUCUUACCGAAAGUGCUGAGAACUUGGUGAAGAAUUCGUCGGCUCGGCAGGACCUCAGCCCUUCUUCAUAUGCACCUGUUAGCCGUUCCGAGCCCACCCCAACUGGUAGCGGUACGGGUGGUGGGAGUGCCGGUACUAGCAGCGCCGGAAAACUAAAUUCACCGGACCAUUCGCCGGGCUUCAGCGGAAUGGGUUACCUUCCCCCGUAUCAGUAUUCGAGCGGAACAGCCAGCGCACUGCAGGCGGCCGGUUCAAUGGGCAAGGGUGCAUUGGGUUUAACGCAAUUUUUUUGUAACGAUGAUCCACUUUCUAACCCACCCCCCGCUCAUUGCGGUAUCCUGCCGUAUCAACUAGAUUCAAAAGCUAUCGGUCUUUCUGCAAGGCAGUCAUUGUACUCGUUCUCCACCAGCCAGUAUCCGUAUCCAUCGAUUCUAUCCUCCAACAUGUUGCCAGUACCGCCAUCAUGGCAUUCGCCUUCCAUGUACUCUACUGCACCUAGUUUCCGCAACUCAUAUCCAUCUUCGCUACAGAUCUACACAACGUUGGCUAGCGAUCUAUACUCGCGCUAUCAAUCCUCGCAGUCGCUGCUUAACUCGGUGCACUCGCAUAACGUGCUUAAUCAGAGUCUGCAACAGGUGAAACAGGAAACGGGUCUGGUUGGAGCGGGUGGAAACGGUAUAGGGCAAGAUUUAGGGAUUGGACACAACUACAGUGUUCGGCAGCACGUGCAUAGUCCGGGAAGCAAGUCCGCAGUUGUUGAUCUGCCGCAGGAGUUAACGAAUCGCUUCGGUCGUGCCCAGAGUGUUGGGAGUACCGGCAGUGGUGGCGGUGGUGGAGGUAGUGUCGGUAGCGCAAUCGGCAACGGAGCUAGCAGUGGUGGAAGUAGCGGGAGCGGAACAUCCAGUGGAGGUUCCAAGAAAAAGUGUGCAUCCGAGCGAGGUCAUCAGCAACAAGUGCAGCCGCAGAACCAGCAACAACCAAACCGGCCACAUAUCAAGAAACCUCUGAAUGCAUUCAUGUUGUACAUGAAAGAAAUGCGUGCGAAAGUUGUGGCUGAAUGUACGUUAAAGGAAUCUGCUGCCAUAAACCAGAUCCUUGGUCGAAAAUGGCAUUCCUUGUCACGAGAUGAACAGAGCGUGUACUACGACAAGGCGCGACAGGAACGUCAACUACACAUGGAAAUGUAUCCAGGAUGGACGGCUCGGGACAACUAUGGAUACGGCUCGAAAAAGAAACGGAAAGCGAAAAAGAAGGACCAACUGGGCAGCGAACCACCCAGCAGGCGUAAGAAAAUCUGUAUACGUAACGAGGAAUCUGACAACUACGAUGGAUCGCGUAUGUCGGACGAGUACAUGGGAAGCUAUGGCACAGUGGUGUAAUAAAACACCUCUAACACACCCCCACCUUCCAUGCCCACAGGCCGUCACGAUGAUGCCUCUUUAGAGAACCGGGAGUACCGGCUGCCUAUCCCUAAUAGAAGUAGCACCGGCAAGAGCAACGCAUGACUGCGAAGCUUUACUCAAUAAGACUUCAAACGACACUUUGUAUAUGUGUAGGAAAUAUAAGCAUAAGAUAAAUGAUCGUGUGAAGUAGAGCAAAGCAAGGCAGCCUAACCCAACGAUAGUACGAUGUCUUUGUACGAAUUUACGUGGAGAUCGACGAAUGUUUCACUUACCUAAACCAUAUUUACGUACGUCAUCUGUGUGUAUAUCGAUCGACUCUUACGUUUAACUCACCGGAUUUCUUUUACUUCGUCGUACGAUUAUGCUAGGUAGAAAAGACCAUUGGCCAAAGAUAAUUUAAGCAGUAAUGAAGCGAUGUUCUAGAAAAUGCACAUGUUGCAAGUAAUUUAUGUGCAAUUAACAACUCAGAAUGCACUUUUAACAAAAGUUGUGGAUCAUGUACAGUGUGUACUAUUAAUUUCUGUUUUAAGAAAUUAUUACAAAAAUAGUUUACGAAUGGUACUUAAUACGGUGCCGCAUUAAAACUGGAACUGUAUCAAAUGUAAAAGAAUGUGCAUUUUAGAAAUUGAACAAUAUGUAAAUGCAGUUUAGAUUCAAGAUGAUAAUGUUUUUCGGUUAUACCACCGACGUAGUCGAAUUAAUAUACCAGUACAGGGAAGCCAUCGAUGGCGCAAUGGAAAGGCUAUAUACACUUCUCUAAUUGUGUCUCUAAUGUUUGAUGCACAAGCCUUUUAGAGAGUGUUUCUUUUAUGAAAUAUUUCAUAAGAUGUUUCUCACCCAGAAUAAAUUUUCGGUCAUUUGAUUUAAUCAUCAUGCAAAAGUGUUUGUUGGCAACCAGCGCAAAUAAGCUAUAGUCAAUCCAUAAGUCAAUAUCUUCUAAUGGGUAAUGGUUGCAGGCUAGAAUCUUUUUACAUGCACACAAAGAUGAUUCCCAAUCAGGCUAGAAGGGAUCCUGCUUGAAUAUAAUUAUAUACAUACUAUAUAUAGAUAUACAUAAUAGGUAUUUUUAGCACCUAAGAGACAAAUAAAAAUGUGUAACAAUGUAGCUGAUAGUAAAAAGCCAAAAUGCGAGUAAUAGAACAUGUCAAUGUCAAAUUUCGAAUUGUUUAUGGCAUUUUAAAGCCUAGAUUGCAAUCGGAAGUAAUAGAAGGAGGUUUUGAAACAAUUUAUCAUUUUUGUAAUGGUUUAAUUUUAUUACAUUGCUUUGAAUUCAGAGUAUUCUAAUUGUUUUCUUAACAUCAAAAGUAUCAUUUUUACGUAUUGAUAGCAGGUUUCAAUCCAAUCUCAUUUGCAUCCAAGUGUAAUAUAGACGUGUUUUGUCUAUUUUGUAAAAAUAUUUCCCCCCAUGAGCAUAUCCAUUAUCUGCCGACACUGCAGUUAAAAAAUGCACAGUAAAAUUCAAUUCGCACUUUUUGCUUGAGAUAACGUUAAUCGUUAUCACCUGUCAAUUUGGUAAGCAAACACUUCAACCGGAACUACGUUAAUUUGUUGGAGAGCGAAUAUUUCGUCAAAGUUGCGGUAGAUACAUUCUUACAGAUAACGAGGGUGUCGAACCGUCUGUUCGAACUCACUUCCACUGGAUUGUAACCCAACAAUAGAUGAGACCGGAACAAGGCUAAUUAAAAACUUCCGUGGAACCAAACCGGAGUCCUCUUUACAUCAUUCCUUUUGGAUACAACCUUUCAAUGAUUACCGUUAGAGAAUAGUUCAGGUCGUUCUUCGCCUUCGCUCUUACGUGGGUGCUACAUGAUGGUCGUGCGCCAUUUUGCUCUCCUAAUUUGGUUGCCAUUCCCUCUGGUUUUCCGUGUUCCAGUUCGGUUGGAUGUUUUUUUGGUUUUCUAUUUUGAAUCAGACACAUAAUCCCUCAGAACCAGCAUUAAACCAGGGGUAAAAGUAAAAAUAUGUGUGUGUGUAUGUGCCAUGCCUCCGAUUCGGAUAUGAAAUGGUUUCAUUCGGUUCUAAUGCUACCGUUUGCAGCCAUUGGUAGUGUCAUCAUUAGAGCAUUUGCUAAUAAUCGGGUUGCCGCAUGGUCGGUCUGGGCUUGAAACGGACGUAAAAUUGCGUCCCGUGGAUUGUGAGGGACAGAUGAAUUCAACCGAUGCUCUGGCUGCACAGCAACUAGGGGAAAUUAAAUCGCGUCUUUUGCCGCCUUCGCGACUUGCCCUUUGCAUCGUCAUCAUCAGAAUCGGUUUUAAUGGAGAGUAAUACGCGCAAGAAGCUAUACCGUAGGUAUUGAUAAUAAAUAGAGAUGGAAACAUACCAUUUAUUUAAAGCAAGAUAAGGAAAGCAAUGUAAGUAGUGUAAUGGGACAAUGAAUGAAUAUUUUAAUCUUCUAAAUUAGAAUCGUUUGAGGGGAAACGUAUGUACUUUUCAGCGACGUACACAUUGCCGUAAAGUGACCAAAAAGCCAUAAUGUUGUGUGGUUCGGAAUCCAACUAUGGGAAUAUUUUUCAAUUAACAAGAGUUUUAAAUUUAUUUAAAUAAUUAAGCAGGUAUUAAAAGACGUUUCGGGGCGUUAUAAUAUAAAAUGCAUGGAUCAAUAUAUGGGAUUUUUUAAAUCAUUACAUUAACACGAAAAUACAACAUAUUACAACGCUCCACAUAAUUACACCAUAUUUCACUAUCUUCUAGUAUGAGAGGAAUGAGCUUGAUUUUAUCACACUUACUGGCUGGUAAAAAAAUAUUUCAAAAUGAAUGACAAGCCAUUUCGUGUCGUGCAAUGAACAAUAUUACAGAAUGUGAAAUAACACAAGUGUGUGAUGAGAGUAUUAUUUUCGUGAUGAAUUUACUUGCGAAUGAGUUAUUCAUCCGUGUGUUGUUUCGCAACGAGAGGGUUGCUGCUGCUGGUUUCCUUUCCGAGCAUAGAGCUCAGCUUCACCCUACUUGUAGGGUUUCACAUACCGUGUCGACGUUCAUGCGACGUCGGGUCAAUGCAGGGGAUGGGUUUAAUCUUUAAAUGAUUCCAAGGAAUGAAGGGAAUCGGUGAGUGCAAUGUAUAUCUUACAGAUACAUACAGGGGCGAGCUAUGAAAAGGGCCAAAGCAUAUUUACAAUAGAAAAGCAAACAAAAGCGGAAACUUCUAACAACAACAAUAACAACAACCACAGUGCUCCUUGCACUUCUGCGUAAGGCCACAUUGUAUCAUUUGAAACAAACAGAGCAAGCGAGAGUAAACUGUGUGUGGUAGGAGACACAGUGAAGGUUGUGAAAAAAGGAUGUAAAUAUAAUUGUAAACAAUAGUCUAGGCACAUUCAUGCACUCCUGUUGCCCUGCUUCGUUCUUGGUUCGAAAACACACGGGAACUGAUAGGUAACUUGGAUUUUUUAUCAUCCUUUCGCAUGAUGAUGGAGAAAUACUGCGGAAUGCCUAGCGUGCGGUAAAAUUUAAACCCUCUCUAUUGUAGUUGACGUUUUUCGAACUGACGGCAGCAAAGAUGAUCACAUGUGCGGCCUCGUGUGCAAAAAGAAAAUAAAAGUGAGGGAUGAAUGUGUAAUCUGUUCUUCCGGUUGUAAAUGAAGUUAAACAGAAAUUAUGGUAUUGUUAGUAUUCAAUGGGGCCAGUCUGGUGGUACAGUCGUCAACUCGUAUGACGUAACAACAUGCCCGUCAUGGAUUCAAGCCCCGAAUAGACCGUGUCCCCAUACGUAACAAUAAGUCACUGAAAGCCAAGCUCACUUCACUAGGUGGGUACAGGCAGGCCUUGACCGACAGCGGUUGUUGUGCCAAAGAAGAAGAAGAAGAAGUAUUCAAUGAAAAUACAUUAAAAGUUCCUUCAAAAUGAAAAAAAAAA